AUGAAGGUUUGCCUCGCAGCAGCUCUCGCUGCCGCCUUCACCGCGACAGCGAUGUCGCAGGACUCUCCCGCCGAGCUUCUUCGCGAACUGCAGGCCCAACGAGAAUUGUUGGAAGAGCAGCGCAAGGAGCUGAAGCAGAUGGCCGAAACUCAGGAGAGUAUGGCGGGCGCCAUGGACUCGGCUUGGCUGGUCCUUUGUGGAGCGCUGGUUAUGUUCAUGCAUGCAGGAUUUGCUAUGUUGGAGACUGGCUGCUGCCGUGCUAAGAAUGCCUCAAACGUGCUGAUGAAGAACCUAGUCAAUGUGUCAGUUGGCACAUUGGGUUGGUGGAUCUUUGGCUGGGCCUUUGCUUAUGGCUCCCAAGCCGGGUCUUUCAUUGGCACGGAUGGCUUCUUCGGCCUCGGUUUCUACAGCAAGGAUGCAUCGGGCAAUAUCGUCCCCGUGGCAUGCGAGGACGGGAACUGCCAGUCCACCAUGCUGAGCUGGUUCUUUCAGUGGGCCUUCUGCACAGCUGGUGCCACCAUCGUGAGCGGAUGUGUGGCGGAGCGCGUCAAGAGUCCCACCUAUGCUGUGUUCGCCUUCUGCAUGACCAGCUUUAUUUACCCAGUGAUAGUCGCUUGGACCUGGGGCGGCGGCUGGCUCGCCAGCAUCUUCGGUGUGGGAUAUAUGGACUUCGCAGGAUCAGGCGUCGUCCAUUUCACAGGAGGCGUUUGCGGCCUCGCUGGCACGGUCAUCCUCGGCCCCCGGAAGGGACGCUUCGAGAAUCCCGAGGAGUUCGAGUACCACAACAUCCCACUGAUCGUGCUCGGCACCUUCGCGCUUUGGUUCGGCUGGUAUGGCUUCAACCCAGGCUCCACUCUCUCGAUGCACGACAAGGAGAUGGGGGCCCUUGCGGCACAGGUUGCCAUGAACACGACUCUUUCCGCCGCCACCUGCGGGAUCUCUGUGUUCCUGCUGAAGUUCGUGCUCACGCGCAAGUAUGAUGUCGGAGCUCUCUGUAACGGCAUUCUUUCGGGCUUGGUGUCCAUCACUGCGGGGUGCGGAAACAUGGAGUGCGGCAGCGCUGUUCUCACCGGCUUCAUUGGUGCUUUCUUCUACCAGGCGGCGUCAAGUCUCCUUGUGAGGCUGAAGAUUGACGACCCCGUGGAUGCCAGCGCCGUGCACGGAGCCUGUGGCGUGUGGGGGCUUCUUGCCACUGCUCUCUUCGAUUGGGGCAAGGGCUUUGACCACUAUCACGGCUGGAGCGGUUUCGGCUGCAUGACGGGUGACGACGGUGCGUGCAGCAAGGGCAUUGGAGGCUCCGCCAUCGCAGCGCAGCUUGUGAUGAUUGUGGCCAUCAUCGCCUGGGCCGGGACGCUGUCCACCCUGUCCUUCCUGGCCCUGAGAUUUUCGGGGCUCCUUCGUAUCGACGAUCACACUGAGAAGAUCGGCUACGACAUGCAUUCGCACUCUCCGCCGAAGGCCUAUGCCUUCAGUGGCCAGGACCCGAAGCUGGAGGCGCCGGCGCCGAAGAGGCUCGCUUUUGGGGCUGUGGUUUUUGGGUACGACAACUUCGUGAAACGCUCCCGAGACCCUCGAAAUCUCGCGUGGUACCACGUCAAGGCCAUCAUGGACCCAUGGAGAGCAGCCGGUGGGCAAUCGGCGGAGACGCCGGUCACGCCGACCACGCCCUACGCUCCACCGAAGCCUAGGUCGACGUCAGAGCCCGAGACAGCUCUGAAGAGGACGACCCUUGCGCCACCACCGCGCCCAAGCCCAUCGGCGACAAAGCUCGCCAACGAGCAUGUGGAGUGGGCGGAGAGGUGCUCGGUCCAGCCAGCGAGGCCGGGCGAGCCCUGCUCUUUGACGAUUUUCAUGGCCGAGGUCGGCUUGGACGAUGCUCUGCUGGCACGCUGGUGUAGCUGGAUGGACCGGCGGUUGACUGCCGAGCGUCCCAACUUUGCCGGUGGCAGCCAGUUCAAGGCAUCCACGAUCGACUUCUCAGAGAAUGCGAUUUCCGUGAAGGGAAUGAAGGCCCUCUGCGACCUCCUUGAGAAGCACCGGGUCCGGUGUGAGGUGCUCAGGCUCAGUGGGAACCACAUCGGCAACGAGGGCCUCAGGCGUCUUGCCAAGUACCUGGCUUCGUCAAGCCAGGCCCCGGUGCAAGAGUUGCUCCUCACGAAGAACCGCUUCUCGAUGGAGGGCGUGAUUUGGCUCUUGGGGUGCCUGGCUCUCCAUCCGGCCUACCCAGUGUGGAAUGCCUCUACCGAGCGGUUCGUACCCCUCUGGCUUCGCCUGGAAAACAGCCGGGCGACCCUGGAGGCUCACCGGGCCCUGGCGGAGACCUGUGAGCGCCUGUGCUUCGCUGUUUGCCUCGGCGAGAGGACUGACGAAGAGAGCUGCGGGCCCCGAAAAUGCGUCAACGCUGCCUGCUCCGAUCAACUGAAGCACAACUGCGUGGCUCACCUUUCCGCGACCGCUUGGAAGGGUGAGGCGACUUUGCCGCCCCCGGCCAUCCAUGCCCGGUCCUUCUUCAGCACACAGGGGCUUCCCGAAUUGAAGGCAUCCAAUGCUAGCGCUGCGGGGCGCAGGGAGGAGCCACAAUUGCUGUAUGAGGACGAGGACAUGGCAGUGGUUUUGAAACCAUCUGGGUGGUCCUGCACGCCUCAACCGGAGGGAGUUGAUCCCUCCUGGGUGUGGCUGGCGCCGGCGGCGCGGCGGGUGCGCGCCGGGAAGCUGCUGGCGCAGGAGUCGGCGGCGCCUUUGCAAGGCUGGCUGCUGCUGCAGUUCGGACACGAUCCGGCCUGUGAUGUCUGCAGGGACCAGACCCUCGACCGGGGCCUCGUUCACCGGCUGGACGUGGAGACGUCCGGUCCGAUGUUGGUGGGCAAGACCUACAAGGGCUACGAGCAUGCGCGGAACCAGAUCCUUCUCGGGGUGCUCAAGGACUAUGUGGCCCUCGUGCACGGCGGCUUCGCCCCGGAAAGGGUGCGCGGGGAAUGCCAUUUGGCCAUCGACACGAGCACCUACCUGGAGACUGGCAAGGUCUGUGUCGACGCCGGAGGACAGGCUGCCUCCACGGUUUGGGAGGUGCUCGCCGAGUACCAGUCCCCGGAGACGCGCGAGAGGUUCUCGCUGCUACAUUGCCGCAUGGUGACACUCAGGACCCACCAGCUCAGGGCACACAUGAAGCACCUGGGCCACCCGCUAGUGGGUGACGGCCUCUACGCUCCAGGGAGCAUUCCAGACUUCUGCCCUCGGCUCUUCCUUCACAAGAUCCGGAUCGGGUUCUUCAACCUGCGGGGCGAGGCUUGCUUCCUGCGCUGCCCGCUGCAAGCUGCGCCUGACCUCUGGCGCGCGCUGGGGCGGCUGAAGAAGGUGGGUGGAAUGGCUCUCAUGGGAUGUGGCGCUCCUGGGCGCUAG